AUGGCUUCUCUUGGACAAAAUUGGUUUCUGGUUUUUCUGUUUACUUUUGCAGCAUUGUCAUACCGGGCGACUUCGCGAUUAUCUUCUAAUGAAGAAAAGUCGAUAAAGCACGAGCAAUGGACGGCUCAACUUAAACUCACUUACAAGAGCAACAAAGUGAAGUUGAAGAGAUUUAAGGCCAAUGAAGGAACUUGUAGCACCGACAAGCCAUCCUCCCUUCCAACAAUGAUAACUGGCCAUCAAAGUGUACCUAUGAAUAAUGAGACAUCACUGCUAAUGGAUGUGGCUAAUCAACCUGUAAGUGUUAGAAUUGACCCGAGUCAAAUGCAGUCCUACAAGAGUGGGAUUUUAACAGGCGAUUGUGGAACCAAUCUAACUCACGCCAUCACAGCAGUUGGAUAUGGUACAAGUGAAGAGGGUACUAAGUAUUGGAUAUUCAUGAAUUCUUGGGUUCCAAACUGGGGAGAAAAUGGGUUCAUCAGGAUUCAGAGAGAUAUUACUGCCGAAGAAGGAAUGUGUGGCAUUGCUAUCUAUCCUACGUUUCCCACAGCUUAA